AUGUCUUCAUCUCAAGCCGUCAGAGACGCCGCUAAACAGUUAGUCUCUGUGUUGGAAAGGUUCCCAGCACAACGUAUAAGACAUAUAGUUUCCUUCAAGGACUCGCAAAUCGAAAGGUUUAAGAGAGUAGCUGGUCUGUCAGUUGAUGGCGGUUCUGGUAAUAAUAAGAAGGCUUCCAUCGAAGAAAUCAAGGAUAUUAUCAACCGGACUUCUGGCCCGUUAGGUUUGCAGAAGGAUUUGUUAAAGAAGAUGCAGGCAGCAUUGCCUGACGAUGAAUUGAGCCUUCAAAGUAUCGAAGAACAGAUAAAAGCACUCAACUCUUUGACGAGUAACAAAUACAAGAAUUACUAUGAUGUGGGCGACAAAUUGUACAAACCUGCCGGCAAUCCGCAGUAUUACCAAAGGAUCCUUGACGAAAUAGAGGGCAAAAAGAAGGAGACAUUUAUGAGUGCAUUCAGGACAGUCGUAUUCGGUAAGUAA